CGACGGCUGUGUGACGCUUUGUCAGCCUGCACGCCGUUGAAACGACUGUACAACUACCAGAGCAUCCAUACAUUCCUCAGAAGCAUUGCCGGCUUCUGUACUCGCGAGAUCAUCCAGUUAUCCAAGUAUUACCACGAACGGCACCCUUUGGGACAGACACUCAGAUCGGAUCAAUUAUCGAAUUUACUUUCAAACUGCACGGAUCAACGCUGAUAACGUGUAAGCCACUUCUAUCUGCAUACACCACCGGACUCGUACUGAGUCCAUCGGAACAAUUGAUCCAUAUACUCAACCAGUUUGGCGACCGUAACAACAACUGGAUACAUGUCUACCACCUCCGCUUCGACAACAGCGCAGCGGUCGAAGCGCAGGCGAGAAUCCCCCGUUAAUUGGGAUCUGUUCUAUGGGGGCAACAAUCCAGCGGACGUGAUCGUCAUAGACGACACACCACCACCACAAGCACCUCGCAAUGGAUAUACAGAUCGAGAGGAUCCACGGUAUCCAACUUCGAAGAGACGGAGGGCGACGGAGCAGAGGUCGCAGCAGCAGUAUCGGCAGCCGGUGUACGAUGACCAUGCAUAUCUGCAGUCAGCACAGAACGCAUACUACCGCCAGCCGGUUGGCUAUCUUGCGCCGGUAGCACCUGUGUAUCCGGCGGCAUACUACAAUGGUGGUACCGCUGCGUACUAUCCUGCGUAUGUGGCUGCUCCGGUUUACGCACCGCAACCCCAACCACCAGCACCAAAACGACAACGGCGCACAGUGCAAUACACGCCAUCUACACCAGCGAAGAUCACGGAUGUCUAUGUGAGGCCUAUCAAUGAACCUGUUACGUCAAAUACACUCAUCACGGACACUGAGGGUCACUACAUCCCGGUGGCUCAAGCGUCGUUGACGACUCGAUACAAGAUCAUGAAUAUUCUUGGUCAGGGGACAUUCGGAAAGGUGGUGAAAUGUUGGGAUCGUACACAUCAGAAAUACGUGGCGAUCAAAGUCAUUCGUGCUGUUCAGAAAUAUCGAGAUGCGAGCAAGGUUGAGUUGAGGGUCCUGAAGACUCUCCGCGAGCGAGACCCGGAUAACCUUCACCGAUGCAUUCAUUUGCGGGAUUGUUUUGACUUUCGGAACCAUAUUUGCAUCGUUACGGAUCUGCUUGGCAUCUCCGUUUUCGACUUCUUGAAGUUAAAUUCGUUCAUCCCAUUUCCGCCAAGUCAUAUCCAGUUAUUCGGGAAGCAAUUGGUGGAUGCAGUUAACUUCCUGCAUUCCCUCGGACUUAUCCAUACGGAUCUCAAGCCGGAGAAUAUUUUGCUGGUUAACAGCGAGUACCGGGAAGUGCAGUAUCAAGCGAAACGUGGAUCCGCUUACAAAACGAGAAAAAUCCUGCUGAAUACGGAAAUCCGCCUCAUUGAUUUUGGGUCAGCUACUUUCGAUGACGAGUAUCAUUCAAAUGUGGUAUCGACCCGGCAUUACAGAGCACCCGAAAUCAUCUUCGGCACUGGGUGGUCUUAUGCGUGCGAUAUGUGGUCGAUCGGGUGUAUCCUGGUUGAAUUCCACACGGGAGAAGCUCUCUUCCAGACUCAUGACAACCUGGAGCAUCUUGCAAUGAUGGAGCAAAUCUGUGGAAAGGUCCCUAGUCGUGUGAAGGACAAGGUGCAGAGAUCCAAGGAUGGGUCCAAAUUUUUCGGAAGAGACGGCAAGCUUGACUAUCCCAAUGAUGAUACGACAAGGCAAAGCCGAAAGUAUGUGAAGGCCGUGAAGCCUUUGGACCACAUCAUCCCACCAAAGACGAGUUUGAACCAGAGGUUCUUGGACCUACUUGACAGAAUAUUUGAUUACGACACAACAACUCGCAUCCCAGCAGCCGAGGCGCUGAAACACGCAUAUUUCUAUACGCCAGUGCCGGAAGGAGAGUAGUUGUCGCGUAUUACAUACACGUGAAUGGUGUGAUAAGAUAUGUUCCGGGAGUUCAGGAUAGGGC